CGCAGCAGCCGGUCGCCCUCGCCGAAAAAGCACGCCGGAUCUUCCAAGGCUCCGAAAUCGGCGCUUUAUCCCUACGAGGAAGACUACCUGGACGUGUUUGCAGACUACUACAACCAGGAACGCGUGCCCCGGUGGAGCUUGAUUGAAAACGACGGGUUCGACUACUACGAUGACUCGUUCAUCAUGCCGCCGGACACCAGCCAGUUUGACUACACGAUUCUUCCCGAGCUCCCGAAAUGGCUGGACGAGUCGCUCGAUAAAUCCAUCCUCUCGCCGCCUCUUAAGCCCACACUCACGCUUCGCAGGAAAAACGAUGCACUUCCCCCUGUACCACUAGACUUACCUCUGCUUCCAUUCCUGCCUGCGGCCCUCUCGGCAUUUCAUUUUGCCACAUGCACCAACGUAUGGUCGCUCAGUGGCAUAUACCUGUGGUGCCUCCAACUAAACGGAUGGAUACAUAAGCAACCGCUCUCAGUGAAGGAACUCCGAAAGGUCCUCAUGCGGCUUAUUGCGUUUCACAAACAGGACGUACCAAUUGACUUGAUCAGCAGGAAUGUCACCCAGAUAAUAGACGCGUUCACCGACGAAAACAUACUUGUUUUCGAGCCCACUACAGAACCAGAUGAUAAUCCAAAAAAUAGACACAUCCGCUUUGUCGAAAACGGCUUCACCAGUGGGGUCUUGGUAGACCUCACCUCAUGCUAUUGUGUCGACGAAGACCACAAGCUGACAGAGCGCAGAAACCUUGCCUUAAAGUGCUACUCCUCCCAGUGCCUGAUUAACAAAACAAUUGAGCAUGAAAAUCAAAUGCGCACGACCAACAUUAAGGAGUUGGUUCUCGGCAAUGAUUGGGCAAGCCAUUGGAAACUUGCAGCUCAAGACAUGGCCAUUGAUCUUUCUGAAUCAAAGAGACAGUCGUUUCUUUUUGAUUUGAUAAAGUUCGAGCAAAAUUUCAUACUAAGAGCCGAAUGCUUCACAGACAUUGCUGGCCCUGAAUUCAUAAAGCUAGCGAAGCUCAUGAUGGGCACGAGCUCCAUCAGCUCAAUGAAAGAAUUUGAAGAUAAAGUACUUCUCUCCGCCAAGCAACUUCUCUCAAUACAUCGUGUGUCUCUUUACGAGCCGUUGUUGAAAAUACUUGUUUCGGAUGGAAAAUUUAUCAAAAAUCUUAAUGGAAUGGCUGCGCUUUACAAAGCGUGGGCUCAAGAAGCUAGGGCUCCGCUUUUAGCUUAUAUUAGCGCCAUGCCCAUGAUCGAGGAUCUUCUUUCAAAUGCGGCAUUGAGAAAAUGGGAUGAGCUAAUAAGAUCGCAUCCCAGAAUGAAGGAGUUGCAAGUGAAUGGAAAUUUACUUCUAAUGAGCACAUUCAAUUCCAGGUAUCAACAACUUCCGCUCCAACUCUUAGACGUGAGAAAGUUUUUUGACGAGGAAGACGAGGAAUAUGUCUCAUUAUCUCGCGCGAUAGAUGCAAUCCGUCACCUUGGCAAUAAAGUAAACGAAAUGAAGGUUCAUUCGGACAAUGUGCACGCACUCAGAUUGGUGGAAAAGCAGCUCACGUGGAAGUCAAAUAUACCCCAGCCUCGUCUCAACCUCAAGUCCUCCCGGCGAAAGUUCUUCUUCCGGGGAGAUUUGAUUCGCAAAGGUGACUUGAAAAUCAAUUCUCAUUCUGCACAUGUGAUAGUGCUAGACAACUAUCUUCUUAUAACCGAAAAGCAGCGUACGCAAAAAAUGAACACUUACAAGGUUACAGAGACGCCAGUACCGUUGGAUUAUCUUAUUGUUGAAAAUCGAGAAAAAGAAACCAAUGUUCUUUCGGUAAAACCAUCAUCUACGCAGGCGUCGGCGAACAUGAUGAAUGGAGUUAACGAGGAGGUGUCGUCAUACCCUUUCAAAAUACGCUACGCUGGACGUGGCAAAGGUGAGAACCACACUUUGAUUGCGGCAACCGAAAAAGCACGAAAGAGAUGGAUCGCUGUUUUGAUUCAAGCUAAAUCUAAUUUGUUGAAAAGAGUACUGUCCAUGACUCCAUACAAUUUUAAACUUGUGGACAACUCAUUCUUCUCGUAUGAACCUGGACUGCGAGUGAGCAAACUCCCUAUAAUGUGUCUCGCGGAUCCGAUUUUGCAUCUAGCCAGAGAAUCAGCCCAAACUAGCGGUGAGUUCCUGAGUAGGCCUCUGGUGAACCGAAAUGUUCAAUGUUCAGAAAUGUUUGGUUUCGUUGACGAGAAUUUUAUUUUCUUGGGAACAAGUGCAGGCGUCUAUUGUUCAGACGGGAAAAACACGUGGAAGAAAAUCAUUAACAUGAACAACGUUGCGAAGGUGACGGUUAUUCCCGAGCUUAGAAUCGUGCUUGUCUUGGCAAGCAAGAUCUUACGUUAUUAUCCGCUCCAGCUGCUCGUGAACAUUUACUAUGAGAAAACAGAUAAAGUCACGUCGUACCAGUUGUCCAACGAGGGUAUUCUAUUCUAUGAGUAUGGCUGUCACCGCGGUCUUCCAAUGCUUUUUGUUGCCAAAAAGAAGUAUGCUGGCACGACAUCCUUCAAAGUAUAUGUCUUCGAAACAGAUAACAACGGCAUUUUCAGCACAUUUACGGUCUUGGAAAGGUUUUAUAUUCAAGCAGAGUGCCAUGGGAUAUCCGUGUUCAACUCUUCCGUGGCUGUUUACACGCCGAAAGGAAUCGAAGUUCUAGACUUGCAAAAGCUCACACCUAGAAGUGUGCCGGAACUACCACCGUCAGACCCUAGCUCCAAAAAGCUUGACGGCUACAGUCGGAAAAAAUCCGUGCAGUCCACGGAUGUCAUAAAGAAGAUGAUCUCACACGCUUCUCCUAUGGGCAUGUUUAAGCUUGCCAAUAACAAGGAGUUUUUAAUGGUGUACAGCGAGUGUGCUAUUUUCGUCAACAAGUCUGGGAAACUUUCCCGAACAUCGACAGUACGGUUCGAUUUCAGACCCAAGAGCAUCGCCUUCGUGGAUAACAAUCUAUUUUUGGUGUGCGAAGAGGUCAUUGAGGUGUGGUCGAUCAGCAGCUCAGCCAACGGCACCAAUAAAUUAGUACAAGUGAUACCAAGCAAGGAUUUGCAUUUGCUCGACCCGCGUACGCUUUGUUUCAGGCUGGCAAACCCAGACAAUUCUGACCUACAGGUGGUGUUCCAGAUGGCUGCGAAA